UGACGUCAUCUCGCGGGUCUGACGUCACUUUGCCAUGGCGGCUGGAGCUCAGCUGGGCGGGCUGCUGCACCGCGCUUCGUUCAGGACAGUGCCGUGGAGAGACGAUCCUCGUGCCAGCCUCGGCAGCUCCACCGUGGCCAUGCGUCCCGUGGCGAGUGAGGCCGAGUUUGAGGCGGCGAAGCAGCGGCUGGGACAGCUGACGUCGGACCCAGGAAAUGAGGCAAAACUCCAGAUCUACGCACUCUUCAAGCAGUCCACGCAGGGGUCUUGCAACACCCCCAAGCCCGGAAUGCUGGACUUUGUCAACAAAAUGAAGUGGGAGGCGUGGAAGAACCUGGGACCCCUCAGCAAGGAGGAGGCUCGGCUGAAGUACGUGCAGCUCAUCGACUCGCUGGUGGCGGCCGAGGCUCCUGCUGCUCCGUCGACGGAGGCCGGCGCCACAGCUUACCAGACCCUGCAGCUGAAGCGUGAGAACAACAUGACGGUGAUCACGCUGAACCGGCCCGACAAGAAGAACGCCAUCAACACCACGAUGUACAAAGAGAUCAUGAAGGCGUUGGAGGAGGCUGGGAAAGACGAGUCUGCGUUUGCCGUUAUCACAGGCGCCGGCGAUUACUUCUGCAGCGGCAACGACCUCAGCAACUUCACCAACAUGCCGCCAGGCGGCAUCAAGCAGAUGGCGCUCGACGCCGCCGAGCUGUUGCGUAGGUUUGUGUCGUCCUUCAUCGAAUUCCCCAAGCCACUGGUGGCGGUGGUGAACGGCCCGGCGGUCGGCGUGGCGGUGACGCUGCUCGGCCUCUACGACGCCGUCUAUGCCACCAGCAGGGCGACAUUCCAGACCCCGUUCAGCCAGCUGGGUCAGAGCCCCGAAGGCUGCUCCUCCUACAUCUUCCCCAAGCUCAUGGGCGCCGCCAAGGCCACCGAGAUGCUUCUCUUCAACAAGAGGCUGACGUCCCAGCAGGCGUGCGACCUGGGCCUUGUCACCGAAGUCUACCCCGACAACAGCUUCCAGCGGGAGGUGUGGGCUCGCUUGGAAACGUUGGCCAAGCUGCCCAAGAAGUCCCUGGCGUUCUCCAAGCAGCUGUCACGCGACGCGGAGCGGGAGGCGCUGCAUGCGGCCAACUUGCGCGAGUGCCAGUGCCUUAUUGAGCGCUGGCAGUCCGAAGACUGCAUGGCCGCCAUCGCAGGCUUCUUCCAAAGGAAGGCCAAGCUGUAGGCCGCCGCCAGGGGCGGGGGUGGGGUGAGGCGGCGGCUUUGGGCGGUGCCGUGUGGCGUCACGUCUCACCGUCGCGGUAGUGGUGGUGGUGGGUGUGCGGCUUUGUGGUUAGGCGUCGUGGUCGUUUCGUGUUGUAGCGCCGUGAGAUUGCGUGUCAGUGACGAAUUGGCGCCGACUGCGACUGAUUGUAGCGGCGCGUUUCCCGAGAUUCCGUUUCGUAAACGUCAAAUCAGCAGCUGCUGCUGCACUGUCAGAAUUUGGUGAAAGAGCAUUGGACUGUGAUGAUGCACGCAGACACAUGCACGCACGCACAUGCACACGUGUACGCAGACACAAGCACACAGAGAAAAAUGCCUCCAAUAUAGCCUUAACAGAUUGUUGGGGAAAGUGUUGUUAGCGAGCACCUGUGCAGACCAACCCAGCACACGAAGGGGUGGGUGGUUAGCAACACGCUCGGCCGGCCGGCCGUUUUUGUCUACCCAUUGCUGAUGUUUACUCACCAUACCAGGUACUCAUUUAAGGCUGAGUCGACCUUAGGGGACGUCCAGGACCAGGUUCAGAUAUUCAUCACCGAUGUUAGCCGUGAGCGGGAAUCUGACUCGGGUCGCCAGUGUGUGUUAACCACUACUCCGCUGCCCACAUACGCACGCAGCACACACACAUAUGCGCCUACACAUACAAAUCCACAAACACAACAUGCUGUUGGUGAGCAACGAUUGCAAUGCAAUAUCAUUUUUAUUUGGCUUACAAAUGCCACUGAAUGAGCAAGUGAGAGAGCGCACAUCCACCACACUGCUCUGUUCGGUUUGAGAUCGAAUUCGUCCUGGGUCCACUAAUGGAGCAUUAAUUUCAGGGCCAUGGCGUCCGAAUCACCGUCGGGGAGACGUCCCGAGUCCAUUUACUCUUUUUUCCGAUGCCACGUGAAAUCGAUUUGCGUAACUUUUUUAAAUGAGAAUUUGCAAAUUAAUACAAUUUCUUUGGUC